ACCGUCCUUUUGGUGCCCUAAACCCUUCCUGGAAGUGAAACAUAGCGCCCUUCUGUUACUCUCCCGCUUCACAGGGAUGGUUGAGAAGAAGAGAAAAACCAGAGACGAUAACAGAGGACUAGCCAUGAAGAAGAAUAAGAACAGUAAACCUUCACAUUCCAAAACUCUAACCAACCCAAACAAGAACAACAACAAGAACUACAAGAACAAGUAUGGGGAGAGAAGGAAAAGGAUUGGGCCUCGCUUGCCGAAUGCGUUGAGGAAGGAGGUCGAGCACAUGAACCCUAGAAAACCUUUGAACAGCGACGACGACGAAGAGAUCGAUUCCGAUGACGCCAACGAUGUGUACGUAUAUGAGGAAGCGAUCCCCGAGGAAGAAUCGCGGAAGAAUCGGAGAUACGACCCUGUUGACAACUUCGAGUAUGAGCUCCCGGAGCAAUUCGAGGAUGAGAAUGUAGCAUCAGAUGAUGACGAGGAUGAUGGUGACGCCAAUGGUAGUAGGGAAGAUCGGAAAGGAGAUGAGGUUGAAGAGGAAGAUGAAGGCAGGCAUGCUAGGAUGUUGCAAGAAAUCACUGGACUUCCAGCUGAGGCUUUCGAAGGUAAGAAGAGGAAAAAUGAUGUUGUCAUAUCUGAGGCAUACCCAGAGUCUGAAUAUAAUCCCAGUCGUGAUGUUCUUGAUGGUGAUGGCCACAUUAACAUUCAGGACCUUCUGGAUCCUCUCCAUGGGAAGUCUGGCUUCAGCAAACUAACAAAGAGUGUGCAUCGAAUGGAGAAAAAGUCUGUGCCCAUUCAUGCUCCGCUUCCAAAAGCAGAUCAGGAGAAGUUGGACAGGCAAUUAACUUAUAAACAUUCAAAGAAGGGUAUUUCAAAGUGGGAGUCUAUAGUCAAGGGAAAUAGGGAGGCAUCAACUCUUUUUUUUGAUGAAGACAUAGACCUGGGCUUUUCCUCUGUAGGUGCAAUAGCUUCUGAAUUUGAACCUAGAAGUGAGUUUGAGAAAAAAAUUGCUUCCUUGGUUAAUGAUAGUGGCGUUGUGGAAGCUCACAAGAAAGAUGGUGCAAGGCUUUUAGAACUGAACAAGAUAUCUUUUGAAGAUGUGAAGGACCGUCAGAACCGUCUUGCUAAAAUGCGUAGCCUUCUUUUCCGCCAUGAAAUGAAGGCCAAGCACAUAAAGAAAAUCAAGUCCAAAACAUAUCGUCGUGUAUUGAAUAAGGAUAGAUUGAAAGCAGCAGCUGCUGAAAUGGAAAUGAACCCAGAAGCUGCUAAAGAACUUGCAAUGAAGCAAGAGUUCAAAAGGGCUGAGGAACGCAUGACACUCAAGCACAAAAACAGCUCCAAAUGGGCAAAGCGAAUUUUAGAGCGUGGUUUGAGUGUCCAAGAUGAAGGAACUCGAGCUGCUAUAUCUGAGCAGCUCCAUCAGCAUGCUCUCUUGACUAGAAAAAUGAACUCUAUGAAGGACAGCAGUGAUGAUGACGAUGGUGAUGACAGCAGUGAUGAGGACGAUGGUGAUGAUAUUUUGGAUACUUCAGACCAGGAUCGUGCAUCAAAAUUAUUAGAGAAAGCAAAAGAGAAGACACUUAAAGUAAUAGAAGAAGAGGAUGAAGUGCCUAAAUCUGGAGUGCUUUCUUUACCUUUCAUGGUCCGUGGGUUGAGAAAGAGAAAAGAGGCAGCCGAUGAAGAAGCUAAGCUUGCUCUUGAAGAGUAUGAAUCAUCAUUGAAGCAAUUGGAGGAUAAGGAGGUGGAAGGAAAAGUAAAAACAGGAACUACUAAAAGUGGUAGACGGGUUUUUGGUGCUCGCAAGAAGCAGGUUGAAGAAUCAAGUAAUAAGAAUAAGAUUAAAGUUGAUAAUUAUUAUGGUAGUAGUGAUAGUGAAGACAAUUUGGAGGGCAGAGAAGGUAUUGAUGCUGAACAAGACACAAAUAAUAAAUUUCUGAAGGAUGUUAACAUUGAUACUGUUGUAUUUCGUGAAGAGUCUGAGAUUGGUCAUGAUCCUGUGUUUAAGAGUUUUGAUGAAAUUGUCAAAGGCACAGCACCCAAGACAACAUAUGACGUGGCUAUUUUCGCAUCAGACUCAUGGAAAAAGGUGAAAAAAAAUUCGAGAAAAGAUAAUGAGCAGAUCAAAAGUGAGAAAAAAGUAGAUGCCAAUAUCAAGAACUCUUCAAAGAUAGUGGAACCUGUUUUGCAUGACCAAGAUAUAGAGGAAGUAGGGGACGACUGUGAUUCAGACAGUGAGGGACACAUGGUGGAUGGAAUUUUGACCUCUGGCACAAAGUCAACUUAUGAACUACCAUCUCAAGCAGAUUUAAUACGACGUGCUUUUGCAGGAGAUGAUGUGGAAGAUGAUUUUGAGAAGGAUAAAGAGGAUGUGUUGAAUGAAGAAAAUCCUGAACCUGAAAAACCUGUUUUACUCCCUGGCUGGGGCCAGUGGACUCACAUACAGAAAAAGAAGGGCUUACCCUCUUGGAUGGUAGAAGAGCAUGAGAGUGCCAAAAAGAAGAGGGAUGAAGUUCUUAAAAAGAGGAAGGAUGCUAAUCUUAAACAUGUGAUCAUCUCUGAGAAGUUGGAUAAGAAGGCUGAAAAACUGCUUACAAAGACAUUGCCGUACCCAUACACAUCUAAAGAAGUGUUUGAACAGAGCAUCCGAAUGCCUAUUGGACCUGAAUUCAACCCAGUGACAGCAGUUGGAGCUCUUAAUCGGCCAGAAGUGGUGAAGAAAGCUGGUGUGAUCAUAAAACCAAUUACAUUCAAGGAUGUGAAUCCACAUGAAAGACCAGAGGAGCACAAUAAGAGUGGACAGAGGCAGAAGAAGAAAAGUAAUGGCAAAGCUACAAAAAGUAUGAACGCGAAGAGGAUUAAAGUUAAAUGACGCACUGGUUUUGUGAAAACAUAAUAAUUUUGCAGUUCGAGGAAUCUUGAAGCUUCAAAAGGGAAGCAGCUUUGCUUCAGAUGUUUCAACUCAGGACCAUUUUCAUAGGAUGUCAAGUUUUGUUGGUUAGAGGCCUUGUUGAGUUGAAUAUUGGUAAUUUUUUUGUCAAGAUAGGGACAAUACGAAAGUUUAUUGCAUACAGUUGUAACAAUAUUGUCUUUUCAUUACAAUGAGUUUAUUAAAUUAUAACCAGCGGUUAUUGUGCCGAUUGAGUAGUCAUCAAGUGUAAUUGGUGAUUAAAGCCUAGGCAGUCUUCACUACUAUUGUUUGCUGUAUGCAAUCAAUGUAUUUGUUGAUUUCUUGGUUUGAUGGA